AAACACAACUGGCAGCGCGAGGUUCAAAUACAGAGAUCUGGAGGCAAAGAGGCAAAAUUUGUUUCUGAAUAUCGAUAGCGGAUUAUAAGGUAAUUCACAAUGCAGCAAUCCUUGCUGCUCCUGUCGCUGGCGGCCCUCGUCCUUAGUGCGGCAGUUGCCCUGCCCCUGAGUGUAGAGGAGUCCGCCGAGAGGGGAUCCAGCCUGCAGAGUGAGAUGGAGAUGGAGUUGGAGAAGGAGCUGGCAGAGAGUGUGGAGGGCGAUGAGAUAUUGAGUACGGGUUGGGACAGCAACGAGAGCAGUGGUCCGAAGACUGUCGUUAAGCGAUCGCCUGAAGCGGCUGCCAAGGACGCCAGCAGCUCCUCGGAGGAGCAUGGAAAGGACAAGGACAAGGCCGAAGCCAAGGCGGACAGCUCCGGCGAAUCUUCCGAGGAGUUAAAAAAGAAGGAGCAGCAGCCGGCACAGGCUGAACCGGAACAAGCAGAACAGAGGAAAAGAAGAUCCACAGAGGCGGCUGGCAAGGACGCCAGCAGCUCCUCGGAGGAACAUGGAAAUGACAAGGAAAAAGCCAAAGCCAAGACGGAUAGCUCGGGGGAAUCCUCCGAGGAGUUGAAGAAGAAGGAGCAGCCUGAGCCGGAGAAAGCCAACAGGAGAAGACGUCAGGCCAUCAAGGACUCGCACAGCGCUGAGAUUGUGGAUGAUGAUGAGGAUCCUCUUCAUCAAGACAGUCAGGCUGAGAAAGAGGAUGGACCUGUGCCUGCCAUCACUCCACCGGACAACACCAGCAUUGAGGACUACGCCCAAGGAUGCGAGGUGAUGGAGGUGAGCUCCAAGGAGGCCAACGAGACAACCUACAUCGAAUGAGCCCUCACAUUAAACAUAAAGUAGAUUUAAAUAAACUAGAAAAAGCCCCGAACAGGCGUUCUCAA